AGCCAGGCAGAUCAAGACGCAGAAGAUUGAGCGGCUGAGUGAGCAUGCGUCAAAAAGUGCAUCGAGAUUUCUAGCCCCGCCAUCCAUCCAGUCCGGUCCCCGCCCAAUUAGUGGGCCCAUCCAUCCUCUGGCCCUCCCAGCUCAUUUUCGCCCAAUCGAUUGAGACGACCCAAUACUCCAUCCCAGGCGUCUGGAGCUGGUUUCUCGGUUCUGCAACCGCCCUCAACCCGCCCUUAUCUGAUCUGGGUGGUCGAUUGCCUGCCUGGUGAGUGGGUGGGUCAACUUGUCCUUCGUGACUCAAACCGAGGCCGGAUUCGACGCUGAUGAGGCCCAUCAAGUAUGAUGGUGGGACCCCAUGGCAUGCCGUGUGGCAGCAUUGCCGACCCGAAUGCCGUCAACCCGUAAUGAGUGUACCAUUCGUGACCCGCUUAAUUAAGGUUUCAAUCUGACCAGCCUUGAUUGAAACCCAACUAUCCUCGGCCAUCGACCCCGACCACCUUACUUAGGAUAAAAGGCCUCGUGCCCGCGAUUUACUCUUUGAAAGAGCCCCUCUUGGACGAGCGGUGUCAUGAACCCACCGACUCUGACUUCUAAUGCCCUCCCCUAUUCGUUACUAUUUGCGGUGCCGACCCGGUCUACCCGUUGCCAAUCGUAAUGGGCAAUUGCUUGGGUUUGAACCGCGAUCUGGAGGCUCUGGGUGGGCAUGAAGCGCACCCCAGCGAACCUGUGGGCUCCCGACGGGGUUCCACCUUCAGUGAUUCCACCUCCUCGGCCAUUCACACGCACAAGAAUCGCCCUCUGCGACACGAAAAGAUCCGCUGGAAGUCGGAUAUCCCGCUCACCGACGGUCAACUCAAAUCCAAGCGGGACGAGUUUUGGGACACGGCGCCGGCUUUCGACGGCAAACCCGAGAUUUGGAACGCCCUCAAGGCCGCUGCUGAAGCCAUCGAAGGUCCGAGCGAGGAUUUCGACUUGGCGCAAGCCAUCCUGGAUGGCGCGGGGAUCUCGUUGCCCCAUGGGUCGUUGGUCGAGAGCUACGACGAAUUGGGCACGCGCUACGUCAUACCCGUGUAUUGUCUGUCCUAUCCGAUAGACUCGAAAAUCGGCGAAUCCGCCCGUCAACGCUGGUUCUACGGCGGGCGGCCGCUCAGUGACAAAACGCGGGUCGGGGAAGCGCGGGUCCCACCCGGACACGUCAUCCAGUGCAUUGUGAGUGAUUUGACCUUCGACGUCAUCCCCAGUGGCAAAGGUUCGUCCAAGGAUGGACGGAAAAAGUCCAAGAAGGCCGAUUGACUCACCGGAGAAUCUCUCUCUAGUUACCCAUUUAUUCCGCGAAAAAUUCAUACUGACCUCUUCAUACGAACCUAACCUUUGUCGUCGCGUCUUGGGAGAUGCUCCUAGGUUUUCGAACAUUUCAGUCAUAUCCGAGUCAUAACCUCACCGAUGAAUAGUCCAAGGCUGUCUGGGAAAAUGCCUGGCCCCGCCCCUCCAAGAGGGCCUCAUUGACUUUGAAUCGAUGCAUUGCAGGCAGGAGGGCGGUGGGCUGGUCGUUUUGGUUGACUUGCCCCCUGUUUCUCUGUGAAACUCUUAAUUGUCAGAUUGCUGCCGUUGAGUUCGACUUUGCCAUAUUUAUAUAAAUUGUUUGCGUUUCCGCGCCUCUGAAGGAGGACUCUCUCUCUAGCUGUAUUGAAUUAAAUACUCAAAUCUAUAA